UCUGGAUAUUACUCUCUCAUGGGAGGCAACUGUUCUUUGUCUAACAUCUCCAAAGCAUAGCCAGUGUCCAAAUGGGUGGAACAGGACAAGCACUGUGCGCAUGUGUCUGAUGUAUUCGACGCAUUAAGAACCAACGUUGGAAGCAUGGCGUCACGAACCAAGAUCAAUGAUAAAGUAUAGAUGAGAGAGAAGCUGCAGGCUCCCCACAAGGCGAGCGGUUGGCAUCAGGUUCCAAUAAAGGAUCACCGUUCGGAAGUUAGGUUUUCAUGCAGCCUGUACAAAACACAAAUGAUGGAUUUGUGGAUAACACGCAGGUCCACGUUGACUUACAAAGUUGUCUGAUGCGAUCGUUCUCUUUUGAUAUUGGACACGAAUGAAAUUGACAAUUCACUGCGUCUGUGUGCCAGGAUCCUAUACAUUAUUGAAAUAAUCUCACUUCUGAAGCCAGGCCAUCAGAGGACAACUUGUAAAUGUAUUGUGACAAAAGUUCCACAUUUGAAAUUCCCAGGGCAUCGACUUGUGUUCCCAGUAAGUGAUGCAUCCUGUAGUGUUUAAUAGUUGAUAUUGCUUAUCGGCUAUGGAAUGUGUACAUGAUGUUAUUCUUAUGGAUUGGGACAUCACCAUAUUGAACAUAUACUUACGAUAGAUAUGUAGUGUAUGUCUCAAGUAGCCCAACUCUUACCAUUGGAGCAAGGGCUGCUUUCCGUGUGUUAUCGAUCGGUCGACUGCAGCGGUCUACUUGCUGACGAGGUACUCGAUGCACUUGCUAUCUUACUACCGCGCUGGAGCAAUUGUGAACCAAAGUUACUGAAAUGAAAGCAAGAUUGGGAUUGAUUCCUUGAAGGAUGAACACCCUGGAGUGUUCUUUUAGUUAUUCUCUGUGGAAACCUUGACGUUCGCGGCGAUACUUGUACUCUUUCAAGGACAAGCAACUGGUACAAUUGACGAUCACUGAAAGCUGAUGUAAGUUGUCAACUUUUAUGAGUAACCUAUUGUGUUUUGCGUUCAUAUUGACUCCCAAUUCCGACUUUGUUAUUCGCUUAAGAAUGUCGAUGACCACCUUUUGCUUUGGAAUUUCAACAGUGUACAAUAGCCACGAAUAAAGAAACUUGAUAUUAAGAAGAGCACAAGAAAUACUGGUUUCGUGUGUGGAAUAUGUUUAAUGAUUGAAAGUGCCUUUAUAUUGCCCAAUCAUGAAUAAUUCAUCCAUCAACGGCCUAAAUGGUGAAGUGGAAGUGGAAAACAAGGCCUUAUUAUUGGCAGGGAUUUACCUAAAUAACUAUUACCUGUGGGUCAUUUUUGCCAUUGGUUUUCCCGGAAACUGUGCCAGUGUUGUGACAAUUAUUCGCAUGCAAAAGCUGACCACGUCGACAUUUUAUGUUGCCUUCUUAGCCGUAGCGGACAACUUGGCUAUUGUUCAAAAGCUGCUGUACCUCCAACUUACAUUACACGGGGUAUGGAUCGGAUCCGUUGGAUGUAAGAUACUGAAUUUCUUAACUUUGUUCCUGGUCACUUAUUCCAACUGGAUAUUGGUAGCUAUGGCAGUCGAGCGAUUUGUAGCUGUGAAAUAUCCUUUGAAGAUUAGUGUGUUUUGGAGCAUAAAGCGGGCAUAUGUAAGUCUUAUUAUGCUGGGUGUGCUCAUGUUCGGAGUGUAUAGCCACCUUUUUUGGACCUUCACUUCAGGCAAUGGAAUAGAUUGCGGGAUGUUUAUUGAAUACGUUCAGUUUUACCGUGAUAUUUGGUAUUGGAUCAGUGCGGCUGUGUACUCCAUUAUACCUUGCAUUCUUCUCCUUUCUUUGAAUGUUCUCAUCAUACGGGCAAUCAAGAUCUCCCGACAGCAGCGCAUUGAGAUGUCUGUUGAGAGUGAAAAGGCACAGACAACGGGAAAAACAGUGCGCCAGGACAGACAAAUAACUGUAAUGUUAAUGACCGUCACCUUUGUGUUUGUGAUUUUAACGGUACCACGAACUAUUUACGUUGUGGUGGAUCUUUUCUGGACUGUUGAGUAUGGUACACUGGAAGAUGCUCAGAAAUAUCUCAUUAAUCAAGUGACAUUUUUCCUGUGUGAUUCCAACCAUGCUAUCAAUUUCUACCUGUAUUUUAUCACUGGCCGUAAGUUCAGACGUCAGUUUCUGGACCUGUGCAUGUGUCGGAAACGGAAACGACAAGCCCAGAACGUAACAAAGUGUCAUUCAGUGUCAUGUACAACUUCAGUGAAAGCUGAAUCUCGAAACGGCAGCAGAGCAAAUAGAAAAUUUAAACCAGUAGCUAUGUGAAUUACUUUUUUGAAACGAAAUAGGCAUUAGAUUUAGAAUUAAAAAUUAAUCAUUUGAUCGAAAAACAGAAUAAAUCAUUGCUUUCAAAAUAGACAUUUAUGGGUUGAGAAAGUUGACUGAUAUGUACCAUUGAAAGCAUAAUGACUCUUGAUAAUAAUUAUACAAAUUUAAUUGAAAAAUGUGUCCUUGUUGGGCAUGGUGUGUAAUACAUGUGUGACUAAUACAUUGUAUGUUGCUGGGUGUUUUACUAUUGUCAACUCCAAUCAAAUGUGAUUGCUAGAAUAUUUUCGGUAGCACUGACCUGUAUAGCUCACUACAGUAUACGAUAUAUUGAAUAAAAUAUUUGCACAGCAAAUA